AUGUCGCGUCAUGAACACAACCUGCUGUCAGCAGCAGCGGGAGGGGCCGCAUGCGAUGAUUUUUCGGUGAUAAGUAGAUGGAAACGAAACAAAGACCUCAGAAUCAUCACCAAAGGCGGACAAGCUGCGCCACCCGGGCCCCCACAUUGCGAUAAAGACUCUAUCAUUCCGCUGACCACACCGGGGCUCCACAACCGUUGUUGCAUCGGCCGCUUGGCUGCUGACAGAGGCUUUCUUACCCGGCCAAGGAAUGGUCGGGGCAGGACGGGGCUGUCGGACCAUAGUGUGUUGACGCGGUCGAGAGCGUGUACCAAGAAACAUCUGGUCCACGGUAGUGACGGUGAUAAGAGACGGUAUGUGAUGGCAACGCGGCCGGUGGAAGAGGUUCUGGAAUCCGCAAGGUCGUUUUCUCCACUUUGGUUCGCGGCGACAAGACAACACGCACACGCCUUUUCCAAUCACAGCAUGCUGGUCCCACCCUGUGAUGAUCGUAAUUGCGCGGCCUUGCCAUGGUCGGAGAGCCGAUAA